AUGAAGUCUCUGGUACUGGUGCUGCUGGUUGCAGCUUUUACAUUUGCCACGGCAACAAAGCCUAGAAGUCAGUUCACACGUUACCGCUCAUGGAACACACGGAUGUAUCCAGUGUGGAAAGACGGAGACGCCAGAUUCAGGAACUGCUGGUUUGGUGGUGAAGUAACUUUUGAUCUGAAAAAUGAUGCACCCACUCUGACUGGAGCUAAAGCGACCUUCAAUAUAAAUCUUAACUUCCCUCCAAACCAGACCACGCUCUCUGACGGGGAGGUCGUCUGGGCAAGAAACUGCACCAUUAAUGGCCAACAGUACCAGGCAGGUCAGCCUGUGUAUCCUGACCAGGACACCCAGUCAACCGGAACUUUCCCCGACGGUACACCGUUCACCAGGAUGCAGGACAGGAAACCCCGCUAUGUGUUUGUGUGGAAGACAUGGGGACGUUACUGGCAGGUGGCAGAUGGACCGUCCUCCUCCCUCUCUAUCGGUACAGACAACGUCCCCCUUGGCUCUUACAACAUGGAGGUCAUCAUCUAUCACUGCCGUGGCAAAGACAAGUUCAUCCCUCUCGGCUAUGCCUCCACGGUCUUCACCAUCACAGACCAAGUUCCCUUCACCAUAUCACUCGCCCAAGUCAAUGACGUAAACCAGAAUGACCAGAACUUCAUCCAGAACCGAGCCAUUGCUUUCACCGUCAAGCUCCACGAUCCCAGCCAGUAUCUGAAUACCGCCGACAUCAGCUUCAGCUGGGACUUUGGUGACAGCACGGGGACCCUGAUCUCCAGAGACCAGACCGUCACUCACACGUACCUUGCCGUCGGGACCUUCAAACCUCAGGUGGUCCUGAUGGCAAGCAUCCCCGACGGCUGUGGAAACCCAACUGCUGUUGUUCCAAUCGAUGCCUCUGCUGCUCCAGCAGUAGUUGUGAUCCCCUCCACCGUUGCAGCACCAGCCGAGGGAGGAGAUGCAAUUGCUCUGGAUGUUCCUGCUUCUGUGCAACCAGCUGAAGCAGGAGAUGGAGAAGCAGUUGUUGAUACAGACAUAGAGGCAGUCGACGUUGCCUCAGUAGCACCUGCAGUAGUCGACGCAGCUGUUGUUCCAGAGGACACUGCUGCAGAAGCAGACGAUGCUGCUGAGGACACUGCCGCAGAAGCAGACGUUGCUGCUGAGGACACUGCCGCAGAAGCAGACGUUGCUGCUGAGGACGCAGAUGCAGCCGCAGCAGCCGGUGAGGUUGCCACUGCUGCCCCUGUUGCACCUGCAGCUGAAGAGCCGGCAGAUGCAGCUGCUGCAGAUGCAAAUGCCGCAGACGCUGAUGCAGCUGCUGCAGAUGAAACUGCAGUGGUUACAGAUGCAGCUGUAGAAAAUGUGCCUGUGAUUGAUGCUGCUGCUUCAGUUGCACCUGUUGCAGAGGGAGAAGAAGCUGCAGUUGAGGAUGCUGUCGCUGUCACGGUUGCUCCUGCAGCAGAAGUAGCUGUAGAGCAAGACACUGAGGUUGUUGCUGCUGAGGCUGCUGAGGUUGCUGAUGCUGAUGCUGCUGAGGUUGCUACUGAUGAUGAUGCUGCCACAGAGGUUGUCCAAGCUGAAACAGAAGCUCCUGCUGAUAACAUUGUAGCCCCUGUUGCCACUGAGGCCACAGCUGUAGAAGAGGCAGCACCAGCUGAUGAAACAGAGGCUGAAGUGCAGGCAACUGAGAAUGAAGUUGCAGCUACUGCAGCUCCUGCAGAAGAGGUCGCUCCAGCUGAAGGUGAAGUUCAAGCAGAGGUGGAAACAGAUCCUGCACAGGUCGCCCUCGUUGUGGCUAAAAGACAAGCACCAGAGCUUGUAGCUGACUGCAUGGUCUACCGAUAUGGCUCCCUCGCCACAUCUGUAGAUGUUGUCCAGGGUAUUGAAAGUGUAGAGAUUGUACAGGUGGCCAACGUCGUAGCAUUGGCAACCGAGUUGGAUCAGAAUGCUGUGGACGUCACUAUUUCGUGUCAGGGAAGUUUGCCAAGUGAGGUCUGCACAGUCAUUUCGGAUGCUGACUGUAUCACACCGGUGGAGACAGUCUGUAGUGCAGCUACACCCUCUCCAGACUGUCAAAUGAUCCUUCGUCAGUUCUUCAAUGACUCUGGAGUAUUUUGCAUCAAUGUCUCCUUGACAAAUGAUGUCAGUCUUGCUGUGGCAAGUGCAAGAGUCAGUGUAACCGUAGCCUCCGGUGGUUCCCCAGCGGGAACUGCAGCCACAGUCCUUGGUGUAAUGGUUCUCGCCUGUGUUGUCUGUUGUAUUGGUUUGAUGUACAGGCGGUUCAAGCAGUACCAGCCACUAAGAGAAGACCAUGAUGCCAGUAAUGGCGGCAGCUCCUCAGUAACAUCAGUUCCUUUGUUGUUGUGGAACUUGUUGAGUCGACAGUCACCAGGAGAGAGUCGUCCACUUCUUCAGGGGAGGAUUGUGUGAAUAUCAUCAUCAGCUUGUGCACUCAACAUCAAACUGCUAUAAUACUGACUUUAUACACAUGAUAAUCUGUUAUAAUACUGUAACCCCCGGUCAUUGUAUUAAAUGCAAACCAAUUAAGUGAACCAAGUUAAGUUAACCAGCCCUAAGUGCACCAACAUGUGUAGAAAUAAGGAAGGAGUCAAGUGUGAAAUAAAGAAGUGUCAUAAGAAUGUCGAAACAUUUUGUAGAGGAAAGUGAUAUUUAUUUUGACCUGCAAUAUUUUUUAUUAAUUGGCACUCGUAGUUUAUAGAUGCCAUAACCUAUUCUCUCAUUUGUGGCCUACUUAUACUAAAACAAUUGGAAAAUCAAUAAUAACACGUUUCAGUUAAAUUUCUUUAAAAUGUAAUUUAAAUCACUGACAUCACAGAACGUUAUUAUGUUUG